CCAUGACCAUCGCCGUGGCCUCCGAUGCUGCUCCCAACUUCGCCAAACUACCGGACGAGCAAGUUCGCCAGACGCUUACGCGCGACUACUCCACUCUCCGCUUCCGGAUCGAGUACGGCAACUACCUGUCCAACCACUUGCUACACGCAGUAGUGGCUCUGCACGAGCUCGGCGCCAGCGAGCAGAAGAUCGCCGAGUACGCCGCGCACUACACGCAAAAGCUCGAGUCCGAGGGCCCCGAUCACGAAGACGUCGUGGAGCGCGCCACCACGACCGAAGUGCUCUCGGACGAAGAAGCGCAAGCUCUGCUGGGCAAGCGCCAGAAGUACAACGCUCUGCUCGCGUACUACUCGCGCGACGUCAAGAAGCUGGGCGUCGACGGUGCUGUACGCAAGCAUCUGCCAAACCUGUUCAGCGGCUUGGCUGGCGCUUUGCUGCACGGCAUCAUCCAGGUAGGCUACGCCUACCACAUCGGAGGCGAGCGUCUGGUGGCCGAGGGUCUCGCCUACCAGCAUCACUGCUACCUCCCUUUUGACGAGCCGCCCAUGCCGUCCAACCAGGAGCCCCUGAGGCAGUUCACGCGCCAAACCGUGUUCGAAGUCGCUGACGCCGUGACGAGCAACGAAUUUCUGCGGUCCGAGCAGGAGCGUCUCACGUCCAUUUCCCCUCUAAAGGACCUCGACAUCGGCUGGAUCCAGCGCGGAAUCAACGCGUUCUCGGGCCACCCGGAGCGCAACAGCCCCAAGGCGUUCGAGCUCAUCUGGAGCCAAGUCAACGAGUUCGACUUCUCGCGCUUCGACGGCAGCUGCGCACUUGAUAUGAUCCUGUGGCUGUACGUCAUGCUCGAGCAUAACGACUUCAUCAUCCUCCACGCUGCCACGUCCGCGUGGUCGCUCCAGCAACUCGAGCAUCUGCUGUCUCUGUCCGACAAGGUCAAGGCGUGGCGCGUGUGGCUGCACGUGGCGCUGUCAGCGCUCGUGACCGCCAAAGUGCGCGACUUCCGCGCAGAGGACAUCUGUGCCUCUGACUCUGUCUCCGAGGACCUGAACGCUCUGCCCUCGUGGCCGGAGCUGCGCGAGAGGGCCCUCGCCCUCCCGGGCUUCCCGGACGAGCACGUGUACAAGAUGGUGCAGGUGGCGGACGACCACGCGCACGCCUCGAACUCCAGCAGCGACAGCGCGCCGUUCCUGUCCGCAGCCCAACGCGACCUGGUGGCCCGCACCGCCGCGCUCACCGUCAUCUCGACGCCCUUCAAGCCGAUGACCAAGCAGGAAGUGGACGAGGGCUCGUACCUCAAGCCGGGCGAGGUGGACGCCGGCACGUCCAUCAUCGCCGUGCGCUUCAAGGGCGGCGUGGUGCUGGGCGCCGACUCGCGCACGUCCAUGGGCACGUACAUCGCCAACCGCGUGAGCGACAAGCUGACGCCGCUGCACGACCGGCUCUACUGCUGCCGCUCGGGCUCGGCCGCCGACACGCAGGCGCUGUCCGACUACGUGCGCUACUACCUGAGCUCGCACAGCGUGGAGCUGGGCCGCCUGCCCAAGGUGGGCACGGCCGCCAACCUCUUCCGCUCGCUGUGCUACCACAACAAGGACCGGCUGCUGGCGGGCAUCAUCGUGGCCGGGUGGGACCCCGUCAAGGGCGGCCAGGUCUUCUCCAUCCCCAUCGGCGGCGCCAUGGUGGAGCAGGACUUUGCCAUCGGCGGCAGCGGCUCCACGUAUAUCUACGGCCUCGUCGACUCGGAGUACCGACCGGACAUGACGAAGGAGGAGUGCCAGCAGUUCGUCAAGAAGGCGCUGGCGCACGCGAUGGCGCGCGACGGCAGCUCGGGCGGCGUCAUCCGCACGGUCACCAUCACAGAGAACGAGGUGGUGCGGGACUUCACGUGCGGCGACGACCUGCCCUUCUCCAUCUAGAGCUGUGGGCUGUGUGGCUUUUGAGUCUCGGUGACUCCCUGGCGUCGCCUGCGGAGAACUUGGAGCAGGCUGGACGGGGGGGGAACAGGACGGGGAAUUAAACUCGAAGAUCAAGACAAGCAACAGAAGGAAGGAAUGAAGGUGCUGCCGCGUUAAUCACUGUCUCCAAACUCUAUCGCUG